AUGUUAUCGAUUGCCAUUCUCUUUGGUAAGCUUUCUUGUUUAGCACACUUGCAGGAACCAGAUUCGAUCUAUCCCAACCUAGCAAAGCGCCAAACAGACCAAUCUCCUGCAUCUAGCUCAGGAUCAACAGGUCCUCAGCAUUCUGUACUAGAGCAAUACAAGAAACGCAAAUGGUCGACAUCAUCCCUUCCUGAAACAGAUCAAAAAGCCCUUAAAGCAGCAGAGACAUUUCUGAAUGAUGAUCAUAUUUCCCUCCAACAGGCUAUGAAAAAGCAUAUGACGGAGCGCGAGCCUAAGCUUUUUACCAAUGAAGUCUUACAUCGAAGCAAAGGUCAUGUUAGACCAGUCGGAUAUGAAUCUGUCAAGCAAGUAGUAGCACGACACGCAGAAACAUUAUUGCGAGCAGGCAAACAUUCAGAAGAAGAAGCAAGAAAGUUGGGACAAGCAAGAAUUGACCGAAAGAAUGAUCGCAGGCAAGAUCGAAUGUGGUAUUGGAAAAAUAUGGCAGACACAGAUCCUUCACAGGCACGCCAUGAAAAAGAAAACGUUCCUUAUCGGAUUGCAAAGCAUCGUUAUGUGGCCCUCAGAUCUCACCAAUUAGAGCAACGAGGAAAAGCUGAAAAUAUGCACGCUGCAAAAAAAAUGGCAACGGAAGAAAUUGAUAAGGUACUCGCUCGGAAAAGAGAAUCGGAGCGUAAUCGUCUAGCAAAGCUCAGACAGAAGGGGCCAAAAUAA